ACCACUGCUCAUCUUCCUCGAGAAUGUUGCGCAAGAGUGGUUCCGGGAGCGGUACUGAUGACAUUGCUGCGAUCAUUUCUUGAGGGUUCUCGAUGGGAGGUGAUAACCCGGUAAUUGGUCCUACUGACGGUGGACUUAGGCCACUCGUCACCACCCUACGCCGAAAGUUAAUGCGGACUGGAAUGUGCUCUGGAGGUGUUGCUGUGUUUCCGGUAUGGAGUUGGGGUGCCGAUCGUGCAAGGAAUUCGACACGGCCGCUACUAUUCCGGCUCGCUUUAGUGACCUUAUAACAAACGGCGAGCGUACAGGCUUUAACGGGCUAGUCGAUUGACUCACUGAU